AUGUCCGCGGACGAGUACGAGUACCAGAGGAUGCGUGCCGAGCUGCUCGGGCUGCCUCCUCCCGAGAGGAAGCCGGACCCGCCGGCGCAGGGAACCGCGGAGGGCGCCGACGAGGAAGCGAACCCGGGACUCGACGAGCAAGUGCUCGGUGUUGAAGAUGAGCAGAUGAAGAACAUAACAGGAGGCUUGGAUGAACUAAACAGUAUUCUCACUGUCACUCAAAAGAAACUGAACAAGUUUAAGGUCGUGUGUGGCAGCCUAACGAAUCUGCUGAAAAUAAGAAUUGGCAAGGAAGAUGGCAGCUCGAGUGCCUGCAGCACAGACUGUAGCAGAUCUCUGGGCUCUGGUGCUGAGGCAGAAAGGAAACAGGACGAGCAACAGGAUGCAGAAGCAGAGAAGGAACAGAGUCCUGUAGUGAACAGUCCAGAAAAAGAAGAGAAAUCGGUAACAUCACAGAGAGCACUGAAUAUAGCUGAUAAAAUAACUUCACAGACAGAUCGUUUGGAUGCAAUGAUCAUGAAAGCUGAGCAGGCAGAAAUGAGCAUGUCCCACCAGAACAAGCAAAUGCGAUCUUUUCUCAGAUAAUAAUUUAUCACUCUAGUGGAUACCCUUAAGACAUAUCUUAAAUAUGACCAGCUGCUGAAGUCUUAAACUGAAAAUGGUUUCCAGUAUUUUGGGGAUCUGUUGCUUCUUUCUGUGAUUUUUUUAUAUGAGUAAAUCCAUUUUACCAUCAGUUUUACAAAUGCAAAAGGUUUCAACAAUAUGUUUUUUUAGGAUGACGACCAGCAGGUAUAAUUAAUGAUUUUACAAAAUUAGUGCACUAGAUUUGUAUUAAAGAUGGGUGACAGGCCUUUGAGGUAUAAGACUGAUCAUCUGGCCACAUGUUUAUAAUAAGAGAAUAAACCUGACACCUAGCUGUUGCAUUCCUGCCUAUAGCAUUGCAGUACUCACAUUUUCAUUAAGCUCAAUUUUGUUUGAAGUGUAAGUGUUGGUGCCAUAACUGAAACACUUGCCUCUGCUUUCAUACAGAAGAUGUUGAAGUGGUGUAACAUGCCAAAUGACAUCUAUUUGCUGGUUGUACACUUGCUUGGCAAAUUUUUCUUUUCAGGAUUUAGGUCAUGGUCUAAAGCAUAUUUUGGAGCCUAACAUUUCAUUUUUGAUUAUCUUGUUGUUAACAAAUGUUGCCAUUUUGCACACUUGGUGGACAAGCUGUUAAAUUAUUUUCUGUUAUUAUUAUUAUGUUUUUUAUUAUUUACACAAAGGCCACCAAUUUAUCUUGCUUGUCCAGCAGAGGGUUCUGUACUGUGACCAUCAGUGUCAUUAAUAAUUAAUAACUGAUGUGCCAAAUCAUGUACUGCCAGUGGAUGACAGUGGCCUGUUUGUUAUAAAGAUGAAUAAAGCUGAUUUACAUGAUACAGUCAUUGUAGCAAGAGAGCAAGCAAGCAAAUUGUUUACACAAAAAUUCAUUGUGAAUGCCAAAGAGAAAGCAAUUUAAAUGAACUUCAGCCAUAUGAAGAACAAAUUAGAAAGUAAUCUAACAAUAGUACUUGUUUAGACAAAAAUUCAUUGUGAAUGACAAAAAAGAAAGCCAUUUAAAUGUAUUUCAGCCUUAUGAAGGACAUAUUAGAAACUAAUCUAACAAUAGCAGUUGGCCCACAUGAAAUAGAGCAAACACUCCAUAUUACAUUUUUAGGAGUGUUGAUGGAAGCACAUUGGUAGAAACAUACAGAAUUGUUAAAGAAAACAUUGAAUCAGUAGAGCCAUAUUCUAAAUACACUUAAAAAUUUCUGUAGUAUUAAAACAAUUUUCUGUGACUACAUUGCUGCCAUGCAUGGCAUGUUAAGAUAAAUCAUAGUCUUGGUGGAAUACCAGUCUGUCUUAACAUUGAUUUGUACUUUACAAUCAUAUAAGUAUAUUUUUAAGAAAUUUUAAAUCACAACCCUACAAAUAAUGUAGUUGUGUUAAGGUGCAUGUUUCUGAAGCUACACAAUGAAUUCUCAGUCAUACAGUCAAUUUGAUAACUACGAAACAAGAUAUAGACAUGAUUUUCAUAGAGAAAUACACACAAAAGGCAAGUAUCAAAAAGUGCACUGUGAUAGCCAAAAAUUCUGCUUAGUGCACUGUGUAAGGAAAUAAAGACAUCAUUAUUCCACACAUUUAAUCAACAAAAGUUUUUAUAGUAUUGAAGAACAUGUGAAUCAUCAGAAUUCAAAGCAAGGAAUCCCUCCCAAAUCAGGUCUGAGUGAGCUGUCCUUUCUUUAAAACUUUCUCCUUACCUAAUCCUCUCUCUUCCCCUAGGAAGGGAAUAAUACUUCCAAAAGAAACUGUAUCGUCAUGUACCUUGGGAGCAAAAAUAUUUUUGGCUCCUCAAGCUAAGUACUGGCCACUAACUGUGUCUCAUAAUAAAAUAUAAUAAAACUUUUUUUUCUGUGCUAAUUUAUAUAUUGCCUGUUGUUAUGUGUAUGGCUUCAUGUU